AUGUCAGCAAUAGCUCUUCAACCAGAUGUCAUAGCACUUAGACAAAUGCAGCAAUUGUAUUCUGAAAACAAUUACCUCGAUCAGUCAGAGGAAUACGUCGGCAACUCUUUUGACCAUGAACAACAAUCACAAUUAUGCCCGAGUUCUCCUAAAGGCGGGAGUAGCCCAAUUCCUCAUUUCGAAUACCUCUCCUAUGAUCGAGUUCAAUAUCUUUACGAACAAAGAAAGGGACAUUUCUACUUCAUUCCGGAGGGGUUCGAACCUGUGCUAGUUCCAAAUGACUUCAAGGCACAAACGGUAACAAAUUUGCUAGAGAAUUCGAAGCCCGUUUCUACUGCGCCCAAUGUGUCGAGGAUGCUUCCCGACACCGACGUUCGCCUUCCAUCUUUCGCCCUCCCUUGUGGAGUUGCCAGUUCCGCGAAGAAGGAGGGUUCCAUCAAUGGUAAAAAUGGAAAAGUCAAGAAGCCACCGCGACCCCCAAAUGCUUUCAUUUUGUAUCGUCGUGCCAAACAACCCACAAUAGUCGCUCUUCACCAUGGAAUCUCUAAUAAUGAGGUGUCCAAGGAGAUUGGAAGAAUGUGGCACGAAGAACCCUUGGAGGUACGUAACAAGUUCCAGAAGAUGGCGGAAGCAGCCAAAGAGGAACACAUGAAGAAAUAUCCUGAAUACAGGUAUCGCCCGAGAAGACCCCAGGAGAGAAAGCGCCGAGCUCCGACUCGAGAUGCAGCAUCCAGGCGACAAUCAGCUCCGGUCUUGCCACAAAAUUUACAAUCACACAACAAUUCUCUCUCAUCAAUACAAAGAGGUGUCUCUUCGUCGGCCGACGUCGACAACGGAUAUCUAUCCGAUUCGCAAUUGGUCUCGGUGCAAAACUCAAAUCAACGGCAAUCAUUCUACUCCCAAAGUCCAGAGACAGCAUCGCCGCCCGAUACUUUCAGUCUCAUGGACGACUCCGUAUCUCAAUACGCCUAUCUUCAAAAUUCAUUUAACGGGGACUUCACCGUCUUCGACGGACAAUCGCAAGAAUACAUCGAUUACGAAGGCUACAAUAAUUAUAAUAAUCAAAUGGCAUCUUUAAAUUACUCCGUGACUCCCGAAGAUCCGUACCGCCAACUCAUACCCAAGAUCGAAUAUUAA